AUGAAGAAAGUGUUCUCUUCCCUAGAGGGACCUUUACGACCUAGAAGAGUAGGACGGCCCCUGGGACAACGUCCUGUUAACAGUCUAGGAGACCUAACCAUAAUUUAUGAUAAACCCCGUCAAUCGGUAGUGAGAGAUAUUUUUGGUAAGCAUUUAGAUAUCUCAGGUAAUGAUCUAAACAUUUGUGAUAAGACCGUCUCCUUAGUAAGUUACAAUAAGAACGGGAAGACAGUGAUUUGUAGCGAAUCAACAACACUUUGUAUUUGUACCAAUGAUAAGUUUGUGGUAUUAAAGCACAAAAAUGAAUUAAUGGAUAAUUUCAUCAUUCACAAGCAUCAGAUUUCAGUAAUAAAGUCCAAUUUAUUCUUUGAUAAGUUCUUGAUCGUACUAACUGACGGAAGAUAUAUUAGCUUAUCGCUACAGCAGACGGAGAGAUCUUUCUACAAGUCGUUAGUACUUCGAAAAUUCACCAAAGAAGAUAUAGUCAAGGAUUUAGAAGAAGCUAUCAAGGAUAUUGAUGAUAAAGGCAUGGAUAAGUAUAGGACAAGAGCCAUAGAGAUAGAGGAGAAAAACAAGGAACUCCAUGGGCUUUCUGAAGACAUAUCUAUGUUGGGUAUUAGACCUGGGGAACUUGCAUCAGACACAUUUGACCUAGAAUCUUCACUGUCACUGCUGGACGGGUUUAAACCUCCCCCAGCAUCGGCAUCUAAAAUGUAUCGUCUGUCAACAAGGACGAGAUCCAGUGAGAUCCAAGACUUUGUGCAACUCAAUAGACCCGUCAGGACGAGGUCUUCAGUGGAGAAGUCCCCUAUAAUAUUAGAAAAACCAGCCAGUUUCGAUCCUCCUUUGAACUACAGUUUCAAUGGAAAGCCAUUUACAUUAGCAUACAAUGAUUUCAAGACCUUGUAUAACAACGAUUGGGUCAAUGACAUCAUUAUAGAUUUCUUCAUCAAUUAUGAGAUAGAGAAAUCCAUCGAUAGGGGAAACAUGAGACGAGACGAAGUCUAUGCCUUUAACUCGUUCUUCUUCAAUAAGUUGAUGUCCAAGACCACGGAGGAGGUCAAUUACUACGAUAAUGUCAAACGAUGGUUAAGUAAAGUUGACUUGUUUAGCUACUCAUCGGUGAUUAUCCCCAUCAAUGAGGCAUCUCAUUGGUAUGGAUGUAUAAUAGUAGGUUUACCGGAGUUUUUGAAAGCUCAGAAGGAAAGGAGCUCAAGGGUAGAUGAGAAUUUGGGUGGGGGAUCGUCUAAUAUCCCCCAAAAUAUCCCCCAUGAAAUUCUCCACGAUGAACACGAAACCUCCUAUAGCGAAGAGCCUAAUGCCGAUACAGUUGAUCUCUCAGUUGGUGGAGUGGAAGAUUCAGAUUCAGAAACCGAUAAUGAAAAGCUUCCAGAUGAAGAUGUUACUUUGAAGUAUCCCACAAAGAUCAAUGUCUUUGUGUUUGAUUCCUUGAAUAUCAAGCAUCUUUCAUUGAAUAAACCCAUCAAAAGUUUCUUGAUUGAGUACUGUAAAGAGAAGCAUGAUCUAGAUAUUUUCAGUAAGGAUAUUGUGUUCAGGUCCACCAAAGUCCCCAAACAGAAUAAUUUCAAUGAUUGUGGAAUUCACGUCAUUUACAACAUAAGGAAGUUUCUUAACGAUCGGUCGACAUGUUUAAGGAUUUGGGAUAGAAAUAAGUCCAACUAUAAACACUUCUUCUUGGCCACAGAACGAAUCAAAGUGAGGAAGGAAUUGAUUGAUAUCUUAUUGGAUUUACAUGCUAAACAACCCAAGAUCCAUGCCGAGAACGAUUUGUCUGACGAAGAGAUCGAAUUGGUGGACUUUAAGAAGAUAACUCCAGCCAUAACCAUAAGUAGAGAUAAUGGGCGUGGCAGGACACCUAAGAAGAAAUUGGAAAUCACCAUCGAUACUUCCAGACUUAGAAGUAGUGAAUCUGUUGAUACCAACAAUAGUGAUGUUUCAAAGACGCCAAGCUUACAAACCGCAAACCUCGAAAACCCAAGUCUUGAACACCCCAGUCUUGAACACCCAGGUCUAGAGCCACCACAAAUACCUGGAGUUCAGAAAUCUAUCGUUAAUGACCUUAUUGACGGUAUUGAUACUGUUGAUAAUGAUAAACGGAUUCGACCCCACGGUGACACCACGGUGACAGAAGAAGACAUAGAGUUCGAGGAAACCGAGAAGAAAAUCAAACUUUUGAAAGGUCAAAGUUGGCCCGAGCUCAAAAACAAGAAUCUUCAAGUACUUGAACUUCGUAGUAAGAUGUCUAAAACUUCAUGUGUGAUUUUGAACGACCUUUUCGACUCAGACACCACCUUUACCGAUCAAGAAAUAGAAAAAAUCAUCAGUUUCAAUAAUAAGAUCAAAGAUUUAUCCAUAUAUAACGCUAGUCAACUUCCACAGGUAGCAAGGGCUGUUAUGCAGUUCAAGAAAACUUACAAGACCGAAGUUAGACCCCGAGAUAUGGAGUUCAAAAUCAUUCACCCUCCACCAAAUCACAUCAUUCACACCAUAGAUGAUGAACCUAAUGAGGUAACGCCUAUUCUGUCUAAUAGAGACUCCAAAAGGAGGAAACUUAUAUAA